AUGAGUUCUCAAAUUACUUGUGUUGGAUGGGUAAAGCGAGGCGUUUCGAAGGAAACACCAGAUAAGGUAAGUAGCUAGCUAGCUAAAUAGCCAACAUGUCAACAAGCCAGAAAAUACAUCUGGGAUGUAUUCAUUAGUCGGAUUCCGUUGCAAAACGGAAACCGUUUACCGUUUACUCUAUGAACCUAACGGGAUCAAACGGAACGAAACGGGGAGGGACCUACCUGAAUUUGUCCAGUAGAAACUCGUUUUCGUUGCAAAACGUUUUAUAUUUGGAGCAAACGCUUUUGCAACGGAGUCCGACUAAUGAAUACACCCCAGCUUGCAAGCUAGCUAAUAUAUUCCAUUGGAAUUACAGCAUUUAGAGUUUAUAAACAGCAUAAUUCCUGUCCAUAUAUUUUUUUAUCAACAACAUGAAUAUGGAAAAUAAAAUUAAUGGCACCAAGUAGGUAAUUUCUGUUUUAACCUGCUGCCACAUUUUGUUACAGGUGGAGUUGAGCAAAGAAGAAUUGCAACGCAUCAUAGCAGAGGCAAAAGAACAAUUAGGGUUGGUUGAGUUUUUGGAUUACUUACUUGACAUUUUACUUUUUUUGUUUGUUUGGAGGGCUUCAGAAAAUAACAACACUGACCUGAGUGGGACUGUGAGACUGAAACUGCUAUUCCAACUCAGUCAAUCCAGGAAAUGAAUUGAAAUGUGUAACUAAAUGUUUGAAAUACUCAUUAUUUCUGGACCAGCGAAGUGACUCCAAAUCAAACUAAUUCGAAAUGGAAUUGACCUCAACAUUAUAAAUGGUGAUUUCUUUGAGCUCUUGUUCAGGAUUAACAAUAAUGUUUUUGUGUCAAUGUAUUUGUGUUUGCUCAGUGAACGCGUAGGUGAGGAGGAGGAGGAUGAUGAAGGCAUGGCCAGCGGGCAGGAACAGAUUGACGAGGCAGAAGCUGUUCAGGGACAGGAGCCAGAGCAGGAUGAAAACGAAGCAGGAAGGGAGGAAGCCGAUGAACUAGCAGAGUAUGGCUUGGAUAGAUAUGAUGAGGACGACUCGGGUAAAUAUAGUUGCUGCAUCUGCUCUCCGAUUAUGUAUGAUCUUAAAUUCAUGGGUUAUCUCUGUCUGUUAAUAUGCCAAGAGAAAUGUGUUAAUCAAUGUUUUUAUUCCCAAAGAACACUUACUGUUCUUCUUUUUUUCUGGCACAGUGACUGCCAACCUUGGUGACAGCCUUGCCGGCCUCACAGUGUUCAGCACCAAUGAGGAGGAUCCUUACAUUACCAUCAAAGACACAGUGAGUCCAGGGCUGUGUGCUUGUUCAGAGUGAUGAAACAUCUCACCAGUCUGGUUUGGUACCAACUAGUAGUGCCAAACAUAUCACAUGAAAUAUGUUUUAUUGUCACAUACACUGGAAAGGUGCAGUGAAAUUUUGUUUUACAGGGUCAGCCAUAGUAGUAUGGCGCCCCUGAAGCAAAUUAGGGUAUGUGCCUUGCUUAAGGGCCAUCAAUAGAUUUUUCACCAUUUCGGCUCAGGUAUUUGAUCCAGCAGCCUUUUGGUUACCGGCCCAACCCUCUAACCGCUAGGCUACCUGCCGCCUAAAAAGUCCAUAUCGUGAUAAAUUGCCUAAUUGAUGUGAUACUGAUAAAUAGAAACGAUACGUUUAUAACAAUGUGCACAACAGUAUUUUUUAUUAUCCUUUAAACUACUACUAUUAGUUUGAUGGUUGUAGCCAUCAGUUGUCCCAUUAACAAUCACCCAUAUUAGCAAACUUAUUUCAUUUCAAACUUCACAUUUCUCUAGUAUAGGGGAGUUAUCGCAAUGAACGAUAUCAACAAAAUGCCUGCGAUAAUUUUCGGUUUAUCGUCCCAGCUGUUCAUUUCUGGUAAUUCUGUGUCAUUCAGACUUACAGUUGUUGUCGUCUUUUCUUUGGGUCUUUAGGACCAGUAUGAGCGAGAGGACUUUCAAAUCAAGCCCAACGAUAACCUCAUCAUUUCAGGCAGAGCAGAGAAGGACUGCUGCAACCUGGAGAUUCACGGUGAGUUGCAGGGACUGUUGUUCUAACUGGCACUUUGACUCUCAGCUUAGACUUGAACAAACUCUUGCUUCACAGCAUCAAAUAGCAUAGACGUACAGUAAGUGGACAAAACAUUAGGAACACCUGCUCUUUCCAUGACAUAGACUGACCAGGUGAAAGCUAUGAUCCCAUAUUAAUGGGGGGUUACAACUCAGUAUUAGGAAGGUGUUCUUAAUGUUUGGUAUACUCUGUGUACAUUUCAGUAUAAAAACAAAGGUUGUUUUAAUUAAUGUAUUUAUAUUUAUUUCCCUCUGCACAGUAUACAAUGCCGAAGAAGAAUCCCUCUAUGUUCAUCAUGACAUACUGCUGCCAGCCUAUCCACUGUGUGUGGAGUGGCUCAACUUUGACCCUAGUCCAGAAGGCACAGGUGAGUGCAUUCACUUUUUAUAGUGUUGAAUGGAUUCUCAGAUUUAAUUUGAGUUAAGCUCAAACAGCAGUUUAUCUCAACCUGACUCCGCAAAAUGGACAUUAAAUUCAGUGUUUUCUCAGUGUAUAACAUGUCAUUUUUGACUUCACAUUAACCCCAUACAUUUUGUACAGGCAAUUAUGCGGCUGUAGGCAACAUGACAUCGCAGAUCGACGUGUGGGACUUGGAUGUGGUGGACUGCCUGGAGCCUGCCUUCACCCUGGGGAGCAAGAAGGCCUCCAAGAAGAAGAAGAAGAGCAAAAAGGUUGUUUUCCCACAAGGACUUGGAUGUGAUAGUUUAACUGUUAUGUUUAUGGUGUUGGUGUCUCCUCACUAUGACCCGAAUCCUAACAUGCAAUUUGAAUUUUUAGGCUGCAGCAGAGCCAGUGGAAGGUCAUACAGACGCUGUACUGGACUUAUCCUGGAACAAACUGGUCCGGUGAGUUGUAUCCGUUACCUCUCACCCCUAGCCCCAGACCUUUCCACUCAUGUCAGUGUAACCACACGAUCACAAUGUCACUAAUGUUGUCACAAACCUACCCUGCACCUUUAUUCUGAGUUUUUGUGUGUGUUGCUUCUCUUUUCCACAGCAACGUCUUGGCCAGUGGGUCAGCCGACGAAACCGUGAUCCUGUGGGAUCUGACACAUGGCAAGCCGGCCACAACACUGUGCAGACACACUGACAAGGUACGUGUAUCCAGCGAUCACAACCUGCUUAACGUCCCACAAUGGGCCUGAUAGAUUUACUCUAAAUAAAAAAUCUGACGUGAAAUAGAUUUUGGAUGUAGCCUCGCCUGCUUAAAUGUUGAUCUCAAACAUUAAAGGCAAGUCUCUUUUAGGUUCAGACAUUGAUGUUCCACCCCUUUGAAGCUCAGACCCUGAUAUCAGGAUCAUAUGAUAAGUAUGUCCAAUCUCAAUCUGUUACAACUUCAGAAAUUGUCAAAUAAAUUCUCAUCUCCUGUAUAUAGGAGGUCGGGAUUGUGAAUGUACAAAACUAACAAGUCUUAACCUGCAUCGUCUUUUUCUGGCCAGGUCGGCAAUCCUGUAUGACUGCCGCAGUCCCGACAGCAGCCAUCGCACCUGGAGGUUUAGUGGGCAGGUAGAAAGGGUCGCCUGGAACCACUUCUCACCCUGCAACUUCUUGGUAAGCUGCCCUCUUGCCAUCUCUCACCUAGCAUAGCAUAUUGGCUAACUUUCACAUGGAAAAUGCUUGGUGGACUUUCCUGUUUCCACUCUCACUGAUGUUUGGCUGUGUUUUAGGCGAGCACGGAGGACGGCUUUGUUUACUGUCUGGACGCACGCUCGGACAAGCCAGUGUUUACGCUAAGGGCACAUGAUGGAGAGGUGUCAGGUGGGUGUGGUUACAGGCCAAUUUCUGCCCCUACUUCCUCUAGCCCCUACCCCUUCAUAUUCACAGACUUUAAAAUACUGGAUGAGUACUGGUACACAAACAUGGCAGUCAAGGUCAGGGAAACAGAAUUGAAGUCAGUUGUCUCUUGCCCUGUAGGCUUGGACCUUAGCAGCCAGAUCCGGGGAUGCUUGGUCACCUCGUCAGCAGACAAACACGUUAAGAUUUGGGACAUCUUGGGGAACAAGCCCAAUCUGGUUCACACCCGGGACAUGAAAAUGGUAAAGAUGGUUUCUCUGUCGCUGUAAUCAUUGCCAUGUCAUUGCAAUAAGAUCCAUCACGUUUCUGUCUUCCUAACAGUGAAUGUUUGGAUAUGUGCUGUAUAUGUGGAUGUUGUGGUAAGAUGCUCUCUUUCUGUUGCUAGGGGGUGCUGUUCUGUGCAGCGUGCUGUCCUGACAUGCCCUUUGUAUAUGCCUUUGGAGGACAGAGGGAUGGCCUGCGGGUUUGGGACAUAAGUGAUGUGGCAGCAGGUACAGUGUCAAUGUCCUUACCUUCUACUCUAGGUCUGACAGGGUGCCAAGUCUAUCUAGCUAGCCUAUCAUGUAUUUUCUUUUUGAUCCAGAAAAAAAACGUUUAUUUAGAAUAUGGCAACUAGCCUUGACACUUUCUUAAGCAGUAUUUCUCUCCCUCUGUAUUGAACAUUUAUUUAUUAUGGGCUUUGACUGUUAAGUUUAUGUAAGUAUCAUCUCUCCUGCUUGGUAGUAGAGAGUAAUGGGUUUGUAUAUCUGUGUGUCCGCCUGGUCACUGAGGUGUUAGAUCAGUAUGAAGUGGCUGAUGGUUAUCAACAUGGGGUGUUUGUGUCUCAUCCAUGUAUGUGUCUCCAGUUGCUGAGGUGUUUGGCAAUCGGGAGCGGUUGGUGGUGACCACAGUGCCUGAGGCAUCCAGCAGCACCUCCUCCACAGCAGAUAUGGAGCUUUCCUAGUGAACCACUCUGGACCAACUUCCAAUCAACAUAGAGCGGCACCUUGGACUCACACAGAGAGAUCCACAUAGCCAAAGACGUUCUGUCAACGGGCCAAGAAGGCACCUCAAGAACAUCGCCAGAACUGUGGAUGGACUUUCUCUCUUCAUACUUUUCUUCUCAAACAGAUCCCUUAAUAAUUAAGCACCACAUAAAUAUUAGUUUUGUGUGCUGAAAUGUCUUUGCAACAAGGAAGGUCAAUAUCAAUCUGAAUAGAUAUAUAUAUAUAUAUAU